GUACACGCAACAAACGAAAACCAAAGCAAUACAAUAAACAUCAAAAAUAAAUAAAAACAAAAAUAUAAACAAAUAGGUAUGCAAAGAAAGUCAAUAAAUGUGCUGGCGAGUGAACAAUGAAAAGACAAACGAUGAUCAGCUUUGCCAUUAUUCUAAUCACAUUGAAUGCUUUAUCCAAUGUUGUGGGUGAAUCCACGACUGAAGACGAUUUUGAGUAUGGGGACUAUCACCCGGUUGACGAUCUGUUGGGUCAAGCUCAUUUUCCUGAGAUCAAAUAUGAGGAGUACGUGUCACGAGUUCGCUUCAUCGAAGCACGACCCUUUCGCUCAUUGGGAAUGGCAUCAGUUUACAACUUAACCCAUGAACUCUUCAAUUUUCUGCAUCCCGAUAAUGCAUCAUACAUGCUGCCAGACUAUGUUGUGCAUACAAAUAAAUCCGCUUUUAACCUGGGCAGAAAAUUUGAGGAAAAUGAUUGGCUCAAACUGCUGCAAGAGAACAACUUGUUAAUUCUACUUUGGCUGCUUCCUCUGUGUUUACUUGCAAUCAUUAUGCCAUUUGUUGCAAUGGUUUACUUCUGCUUCUGCUGCUGUCGAUGCAAAAAAACCUGUGCGCCUUGCGAUAAAACCCUCAAGUGGCGACGAUCAUUGUGCAGUAUUUUACUAUUUUUGCUUAUCCUCGGACUAGUGCUGGCAUUUAUUCUAGCGCUGCUCAGCCUUAAGCAGAUGUCUCGAAAUAUUGGAUAUAGCUACCAGAGAAUGCGUGAGGGCUCCAGGGAUACUUGCAUCUAUUUAGCGGACGUCUCACAACAUCUGCGAUUUUUGAUGCUUCACAAUUUUGAGAGAUUGGCAAAGCAUAUUAGUGAAGAGAUAGAUAAUGCUCAUAAGCAUGUGCUCCUGGAAUUAGCCGAUACAAGUGGUGCAAAUGCUCUCGUCGAAUUGGAGAGAAUAUUAAAGAAUAUGGAAGCGGUGCUUCGUCUACUGAAGACACUUGAAAAUUACGAGAAAUACUUGCGUUUCAUUGGAUCAUUACAUCGAGAUAGCUGGCGUGGAGUGAAGCGAGAUCUCAUUUUUAGUAUGCUUACUCUCUGCAAAGUGGAUAAGUGUGCCAAAUAUCUGCAGGCAUUCAUGAGAUUGGAUACCUCGCAUUGUCUGCAUGUGGAUGACAUGCCAAACACGACAGUUUUUAUUGGUCCCGUAGAAGCUGCCAUCGAUAAGAAUUUAGCUGAAAUUGCUGAAGACGGCCUUCGCCGAUUAAGUGAGAUUGAAAUCACAAUCAAAGAGGCGAUUGCUCCUAUUCGGCCACCCAUCAUGGCCAUAAUUGAAAAUGCGGAAUCCAAGAUGAAGGACGAAUAUGUAUAUUUAAAUGAUCUCAUCGAAGCUGUAAUUAGUGAUAUUGAUUACAGAGACCGAAAUGCAGCAGACACAUUUGAAGAUAUUCACGAGAAAAUGGGAGUUGAUUACCUAGUAUAUGGUAGCAUUGCUUGCCUUAUGUUAUUUUUGAUAAUAACCGCAUUGAUAUUCGGUUUGCUCUUUGGUUUGUGCGUUCGCCGAAACAACGCUGGAUCUUAUUGCCUGAUACUGGCCAUUAUAAUGAUAUUUUGCGUGUUCACAUUUAUAACGGUGAUGGGAUUGUACUAUUAUAUCCUCGGCAUGGUGACAUAUCAAGCAGUCUGUCGUCGCCUCGAUAGUUUGGGUGAUUACGAAAGAAGAUCGUUGCGAACGGUGGAUAAGAUAAGUGCAUGUCGACCUGAUCAGCAUAUAUAUGAUUUGCUGUACGAAUACAAGUUAUAUGAUAUUGAACGUAUAUUGACCAAUGACACACACGAACCCAUCGAUGUUGACGAUGUGAAAUGGGAAAAAUGGGAUGGUGAUCUCUCCGACAUUGUGAUCGUAACUAUGCACGAGAUAAUAUUGCUUAAUCAUACGCUAUUUGAUUUAUAUCCCUAUAUUGGAAAAUCAUAUACGAAAACACUAUGCAAAGAUUUGCGAAUUCCACCAAUUGAUUAUAAAGUUUCCUACAACGUUCGGAAUUGGGUAGAAGCCCAAAUAAAUAAAUUCGUAAUUUGCCCCAACGACAGUCGACUUCAUAUAUGCGCCACACCCUGGAAGGCGAUGGCCGAUGCGUUAGUUAUUGAAAACGAGGAGCCAAACAUUAUACGUUGCAUCGAUGGCAUUCGGGAAGCAACGACUAAGAUCGAUGCACUCAUUCUGAACAUGGAAGCCACUUUUGGUGAGACACUUCUCAAACUAUAUGAUCAGAUUAAACGCUGCGAGAACUUUAUCAGAUAUCGUGGCCUUCAUAUUAUCAACACACUUGGCCUAAAUCUAACCGAAUCGCUAAAGGAUCGUAUUCGCGAAUAUCGCCAACAUACUCAAUGGAAUAUCCAACAUAAGGUUGGUCCCUGCGGUCCAUUGAUUUAUCAUCUUGAUCGUGGGACUAACUUCGCUUGUCGUAAUUUGAUCGAUCCCAUUAAUGGUUUCUGGAUUGGAUUGUUGCUAAGCUCAAUACUAUUUCUUCCCCUGCUACUUGUGGCACAUUGUCUCAUCUGUCCAUAUCGUCAUCAUAUCGUCAAGACGCCCGUCGUUAUCCUUCUUCGCCAUGAUGGCUGUCCCACUUGCAGUGGAGUUCCAUAUGUGCCACCUCCAGUUGUCCUUAGUGGAGGCCAGGACAGAGAUUUUGAAGUCAUAGAUAUUCCAACUGUCGACAGCAAGACGAAGCAAGAUUAAUAUCGGGGAGAAACUAAUAUUCAUUUCUUCUAUGGAAUAUUUUUAGUUGUAAGUGCAGAUAUUAGAGAAUAUGUGAAUUCC